CGAAUCGCAUGCUCCAAACGCAAAGUUGGCAGCGAUAGGUGUAGAAGUUGGGAAGCGUGAAGGGAGAUCAGAAUCUUUUCGAUUUUUAUUCUGCGGAGGGCAUCCCACUUACUGAUUCGUUCCUUAAUCCAUAAGGCCCGAUCCCAACCGUCCAAUCUUUCAAUCCUAAAGCAGAGAUCGCUUCCGCCGUGCCAAAUCUGAGCGCAACCGGGGAGAAAGAGGGGAGAGAGGGAGGAGGAGGUCGGAGUUCGGAAGUCGUCUUCCCGGGCUAGGGUUGGGGUUUUGGGGGCGGGAAUGGCGCAGGUGAGGCGGCAGACGGGGACGGUGAAGUGGUUCAGCGGGAUGAAGGGCUUCGGCUUCAUCUCCCCGGACGCUGGCGGCGAAGACCUCUUCGUGCACCAGACCUCGAUCCACUCCGACGGAUUUCGCGCCCUCGCAGAGGGCGAUGCCGUCGAGUUCGCCAUCCAGCGCGACGACGACGGCCGAUCCAAGGCCGUCGACGUCACCGGCCCCAACGGAUCCGCUAUUUCUUCUUCUGCCGGCGGUGGAGGGAGGGGAUACUCCGGCGGCAGAGGUAAGGGAAGCGGCGGAUAUGGAAGUGCUUAUGCUGGAGGUUACGGCAGCAGCGGUGGCGGUACAUACGGCAGAGGGUGGAGGAGUGGGGGGAGAGGCGGGAAGAUGGGUGCCGGAGCUGGAGGCGGAGGGUAUGGCAGUGGUGGUUAUGGUGGUGGUGGGCCGUGCUAUAACUGUGGAAGGACUGGACACUUGGCGAGGGACUGUAACCAGGGAGGAGGAGGGGGAGGCGGUGGCUAUGGCGGCGGCUAUGGUGGCGGCGGCGGCGGAGGCGGAGGGAGGUACGGUGGCUAUGGCGGUAUCGGCGGUUGCUACAACUGUGGAGAUCACGGUCAUUUUGCCAGGGAGUGUCCUCACGGCGCCUGAAGUAAUAGUAUUGGGACUAAUGGGUGCUUCUUCUAAAUGAUAACAUCGUGGACUUGAUCUUGUUUUCCUUUUUUGUGCGUUUUUGAUCUUGUGGGUAUUUGUUAUAUCCUGUCAAUUUGAAUGAAGGCUUCGUCUACUUUUCUUGAUUCAAGGUUUACUAAGAAUCUUAUUUGCCCACUUAUCACAUCAUGGAACACAAAGUGACUAGGUGUUUGAUUUACAAAAAAUGUGACAUUUGUUGUGUUUAUGACUAAUGGAAAUUAAUAUUUGGUGGCAAUUGUGGUGCCAUGGAA